GGCUGCAAAUAAUAAUUUCUUCUACAGAAUUUCAUAAAAGAGGCGCUUUCUCGCCUCGUUAUAAGAUCUCUCAAAACCCUAGCUGUUCUUCAGAAAGGCGCCGCUUCGUUUGGGCAACCCCGUUAGCCUGCAGCAGAGGUUCCUCCGACCAUGGGUGCGUACAAGUACGUUUCCGAGCUAUGGAGAAAGAAGCAGAGUGAUGUGAUGCGAUUUCUGCAAAGAAUUCGCUGCUGGGAGUACCGUCAGCUUCCCGCCAUCGUUCGUCUCACCAGGCCCACCCGCCCCGAUAAGGCCCGCCGCCUCGGCUACAAGGCCAAGCAGGGCUUUGUGAUCUACCGUGUUCGUGUGAGGCGCGGAGGCCGCAAGAGGCCAGUUCCAAAGGGUAUAGUCUAUGGAAAGCCCAAGAACCAAGGUAUUACCCAACUGAAGUUCCAGCGCAAUAAGCGUUCAGUAGCUGAAGAGAGAGCUGGCAGAAAGCUCGGUGGCCUGAGGGUUCUCAACUCCUACUGGAUCAAUGAGGAUUCCACAUACAAAUACUUUGAAAUAAUCCUUGUUGAUCCUGCACACAAUGCCAUUCGGAAUGACCCUAGGGUGAACUGGAUCUGCAAUGGAGUUCACAAGCACAGAGAGCUUCGGGGACUGACCUCUGCCGGGAAAAAGUACAGGGGUCUUCGCGGCAAGGGCCAUCUUCAUCACAAGGCCAGGCCUUCUCGCCGAGCAACCUGGAAGAGGAACCAGACCUUGUCCCUCCGCCGAUAUCGCUAAGCCUUUUCGAUAUUCUAGAUCUUCAAAUCAGUUUGUUAUGUUCCUUUUUCUUGAACUAUUGAACUUUUUUGUUAUAUCUGUCUUGUCAGUAUUUCAUAUUUUGCUUGUAUGAAUGGUUGAAUGGUGAAACAGAAGCAAUCUUGCAGACUGGUUGAGUUUAAUUCUAUUCGCAUUUCUCUUACUUAA